AAGAGCGGAAAUUUUAACUUUCCAAAAAUGCAAAAUCAAAGAGUGUAAAAUAUGUACAAAAUCAACUGAUCAAGGUCCAAAAUCAUAUAUCCGAGCAGAAAUCUAGAAUGCGACAACGUCAGAUCAACUAAGUUAGUCAAGAUCAGUCAUCUGCAAUUUAGAAGGCCAUUAUGUCGGGUAGAAGACAGGAUGUUAAAGAAGACAUAGGGGCACGCCUACAGAGAUGGUCCCUAGAAGAGAUGCAUUUCAGGCCACAGGGGAGGUUCAUACAUGCUAGUAUGCCAAAACAGGAAGAUUACCAAGAUAUAUGCAGAGGACAAAUGGUAGACAUCUGGGAGUACAUUAUCAACCAUGUCAGGUCAAAGCAGACUGUGAAAACUGUAAUGGGCAAUUUGAAUCUACAAUCACAACAGGCUCCUGAUUCAUAUAAAGUAAAAUAUAAAACUGGUGAGAAAUACUCCCAUGAAAAAGAUGAAUUGCUACAGAAACGUAGUAAGCUUGCUAGCGAUUUGAAGAGGACACAAACAGAUAUUGACCAUGUUGAACGAGAUCUGAAGAGACUACAAGGGGACAUACUGGAUACAGAGCAAGCUUACCAAGAAACCAAGGCCAAAAUUCAAGAUGUUUCACACAGAACCUCUCUUCUGACAUGUUUUUCACACCAAUGUGAAGAAAGUGAACGGCAAUAUGAAGAGUACACUAAAAGGCUGUCAAGCAAAAUUGAAGCUUACAAAAAGAUUGCAAGGUUGUGGAUUACAAGCAAGGAAGAUGAAAACUUCUACAGCAAGAAGAAUGCAGCAGACAAGGAUCUAGAGAGUGGAUGUGCUCGAAGUGUUAGACAGACAUGUGAGGUUAUUGGACAGUUCUUGCAUGACCUACUUGGAGGGGAAAUAAAAACUGCCUCAUCUGCAGUAAAUGACCGUAAAGAACGCCUAUGGACUAGCACCGAGCGAAUUGCCUCAGAAUACCCAGCCAAUCAAAUCCUUGUGUCCUUAAUCAAUAAUACCCAGGACGCAAAUUUGAGAAUACGAGAAAAGACAGAAAGCAUCAAUAUAAAACAAGAUGCUGAAAAACUGAGGUUUAAAUAUGAGACAAAUGGUAGACUGACGGAUCUCUCUACCCCACCAAACUUUGAACACAGUCUGAGUCGACUGCUAGAAGAUUGUCAGUUGAGUCAUAUAAACAGAUUUGUGGAGACAGAAAAAUUGAAAAAUGGAGCAUGGAAAGUGACAAAAUCUCUAGAAUCUGUGAAGAUGCAGAUUGAGCAACAGCUUAGUAAGAUGUACAUUCAAGAUCCAGGUGCCCUAGAGCUAGCAAGGAAGAUACUGCAGUUAGAAUUUGAUAUGGUGGAGAGAAAGACGAUUUUGAGACACCUAGAGUCAUCUUCAUUGUUGUAUCGUGAACAAAUCGCCAUAGCAACCAAACAACAAGAAAUUCUGCUGUCCAAGUUUCAGCGUAUUCAGGACUUCAAGAAACUGGCCGAUAACAAGCAAAAUCUGAUUCGAGUACUGGUCAAGCACAACACCAACUCUAAAGAUAGACUCACCGACCAGAAGGCAGAGAUUCUAGAGUAUGUGCAUAAGUCUCUGAGUGGCCACCAUGCUGAGACAACUGCCACCGUGUCCCAGCUACAUGAUGGUGCCUCACAGGAGUUAGAGCUGUUUGCCUCAGUGGCUCUACCAUACCUCAUGUACACAUUGCUUGAGAGUGGUCAGAAGAAAGCAGUACUAGAUAUGUCAAUCCACAGACUGGCUAACUCUCCCUACACUCCAGGCAGUGCCACAAUACAGAGGAUACUACAGAAAUUAGAGUUUCCAAUCUACAAGUCUCCCGAGUGUAUGUUGUCUCAAGCCAUCAAGUUGAAAUGGGAGGUAGACGAGAUAGAACAACUACUGGUAUCUCAUAGCAACAUGGCUGCAACUGUUGCCAACAGAGAUGAAGAUACACUGUCUACUGUAAAACGUGUCACCAGGCUUUGUGAAAAGGUUAAAGAGAAAGAUUCUGCCACCUUGACUGAAGUUAUGCCCUUAUUGAAAUCAAGACUAGAGAGGACUACAAAGUCACUUGAGAAGUGUGUUGCUAUGGAAACUAAAGUUGAUCACUGGUGGGAGCAGCCAGGGCAAGAUGUGACACCCUGGGUGAAGGUAGAUAAUAUGACCCUACAACAGUGGAAGGACCAGUGGACUGUAACCCUUACUAAGCUGCGCCAGUUGCAGAUGCAAAAGACUAAGUAGUCUGCGGAGAUACAAAAUGGGGAACUACCAGUCAAAGAGCAAGUGUUAUUUAUGGACUCGUUCUAUCUAAUAGAGCACCAUUGGACUGUGAUCUUAAAUUGAUACUGCAAAAUGGGGAAUUAUCAGUCAAAGAGCAAGUGUUAUGUAUUCAUAUAUGGAUUCAUUCUAUCUAAUAGAGCACCAUUGAACUGUGACUGAAAUGUUACAUCAAAAAAAUUCUAAAGUGACUAUAAUAUUCUGGAAUGGUCAGAUAUUAGUGGAAUAUAUUUGUAGAUCAAAGGACACAGCACUCUAUCAAAGUAAAAUGUUUCAGUUACUCUUAUAGGUUGUAUAUAGAAAAUUGUGUGAGGGCCAAUAUAGUUGAAAGACUCUGAUUUGAAUUUGUUGAUGAUCAUGUGAUAGAUGAUUAAGUGAUAGAUGAUUAAGAUGCUGCUGUUCAGCUUGAUUUAUUAUGAAAUCCAUAUCAAAGAGAUUGUUAGACUUUACAUUGCAGGUUGAACAUUCAAAAUUAGAAGUUCAUGUAUUCCCAAAUUACUUUUUUUUAACCAAUCAGUCGUCAGAAUUAUCAAGUUUUAAUCAUUGUAGCCUAGUGUACACUAUAUCAAUCAUGUAUUGUGGUGUCAUCUCCUGAAAUGUUAAUUAAAUCUUUUUGACUUGGAGAUCUCGACCCGGAGUUUGCUGCAUUUUAUUCUUUGUGAACAGUGCUCAUCAGUUGUUGUUUGGUGGUCGCCAUAUGAUUGUUGGUUUUCAGUGGCUUUAACAAAUGGCACG